AUGAAGAUCUCCACGGCCAUCAUCGCUUCCCUGGUCGGCAUCCUGAUCGUCUCCCUGGCCGACGACUCCGAGGCCAAGCUAGGCCUCGCCUUGGCGCCGUUCAUCUGGGCUGGAAACCUGGCCAAGGACGCGACGCAGUCCCUGGUCGCCUACAAGCUGUCUCUAGCUACCAAGGCCCUCGCCAUGAUCACCGGUAACCGCUCCUUUCGGGCCACCAUCUCGUACGACUCUCGGCUCGAGCGGUACGAGGACGCCCCAGCACAGGACGUUGAUGAAGGAGUUGCCUGGAGCAGUCUCAAGAGCCCGGUACCAGUCACGUCCCCUCCGGAACCUGUACACGUCGAAAUCGAGGUGCCCGCCGUGACGAAGCCAGUCAUCCGUAUUCCUACGCUACCACCAUUGCCCAAGACUGAGGCGCCUAAGAUCGUCGUCCCUAAGGUCGUGGUGCCCCAGCUGCCUAGAAUCGUGGUUCCCAAGCUGGUCGUACCCAAGCUCGUCGUGGCUGAAGUCUCUGUUCCCGGUGUCGUGCAGUCCAAGGUCGACCUGCUGAGGGCCAAGAUCAACGGCAAGCUCAAGCAGCUUGGGGGCCAGUCCGUCGGGCUCCUCGGAGCCCCCAAGUACGCGAGCGGCUACAUCCAGGGUGGCUUCCGCGUCGGCCAUGGCACCGGCGCAGCAGCCCAAGCCCAGCUGGGUUCCGAUCCCGCGACUACUACGGCUCCACCCGCCGAACCGCGAUCUUCCGCCGACAACAAGACCGAGCUGUACGCUACCACCACCAACCACAGCCGCCCGGUCCGCUCAAUCGACGCAGGCGUGGUGGGCCGCUAUUUCCAGUUCAUCCAGGCGAACGACGCGGGCCGUUGCGUGGCGCUCAUGGUUUGCUCAAUGGCGGCCCAUCCUCACCAAUUCGGCGCCUACGGACGCAAGGUCGUCGAUUUCUUCAAAGACAUCAAGCCCCAGGCAUCCUCCCCUGUAGCGGUCUACCAGGAAGCAUCGAGUGUCGGGCGCAGCGGUGAUUCCUGCCAGUCACGGUAUUCGACUUGCCAGGUGGACCCGAAGUACCUCGCCCAGCUCGGUGAAUCUCACAUCCAUUUGUAA